CCUUCGGGGUGGCGCGGAUUUUCGGUUGGAGCUGAGCGGUGAGGCCUAGGCUCGGGCUGCGGGGGUCGCCCUGUUUCUCACUCAACCUUCGGGGCCACUUGCACUUCUCAGGGCUCCGCUUUCCCGUCAUCGUUCGUGAAUGAAGAGUGCGGCCUGCGGGUCCCCCAAGCUCGAGUUGGAGGCCGGUUCCGGGCGCCGCCGAUCUCUCCGUUCUCGGUGUAAACGCCGCCCGCCACUGGUUUGGAGUCGACAGCAGGCCGAGGCCGAGGCUCGGUUCCUGGGCUGAGGCUGUCCAGCCGAGGAACCUUUCCUCCCACUCGCUGAUUUGUGUUCCUCUCUGUCUGAGGAAUGGCUCAGCAAGUGUUCGAUGUGGAUAUGCAGCCGGAGGAGGAAGCUGUUCCAGCACAAUUGAAUUUCCGUGACCCAGCUUUGAUGCCGACAGGGGAGGGCCCAAGUACUGCCCCCCUUGGUGAAGAAUUAAGAGGGCUGUCUGGAACUGAAGCCCCUUCAACUGCUCACAGUGGUGGACUGGAGGCAGCAUUACUCACUGAGGAACUUCAAAGACUGCAAGGGGCACUGAGAACUGUAGCACAGCACUUUUCCCUUGGGCAAAGACCUGGUCACCAGCGCCGGCAGUUGAGGAGGAAUGGUCGCCGUCAGCCGGGAACAAGUGUUUCCCAGAGAUCUUCGUCAUCCAGGUCUGGAGCUCUUGACAACUACUUCCGUGUUAACAGGCAGCAGCACACAGAAUCUGUCAGGUUAGCAGCUGAAUAUGAAGAUGAGGUGAGCAGUGAAGAUUCGAGUACCGAUCUGAGCACUGAUCUCAGUGAGUCGGAGGAGAGUGGCAGCACCACAGAAAUAGAGGAUGAAUAUGAGGGUGAUGAGUCUGCAGCAGCUUCAUCAGCUCCUGCUAGUGCCCCGACUGUGGUUAAUCCCACACCAGCUCAAGGUGUCGAGGCUGGAGAGUCACAAUCUGUACAUCAAGAGCAGGACAGUAUGACCUUACAUUCAGAAGACAACUUAAAUGUGAAGGAAGACACAGCAUGUGCCAAAGGCACCAAGCCAGCCUUUGAUGAUGAAGGGAAUACAUGCUCAAUCUGUUUUGAGCCAUGGACGAAUGCAGGAGAGCACCGUCUUGUCACACUUCGGUGUGGUCACCUCUUUGGCUAUACCUGCAUUGACCGGUGGCUGAGGAAACAAGGAGGAAAAUGUCCACAGUGUAAUAAGAAAGCUAAACGGUCGGAUGUGGUGGUGUUGUAUGCUCCAACAUUGAAAGCUGUGGACACCAGUGAGCAAGAACGAUUGAAGAGUGAUCUGGAGAAGGAGCAGGUGAUGCGUCGGAAAGCAGAGUUGGAAUCUGCUCAGUGUCGCCUCCAACUACAGUUUUUGACAGAAGAGUGCAGCAAGUUACGUAAACAGUUGCAGGAACUGAGAUGUCUGAUUGCUAAGCAUGGUCCAAGUGCUUCUCAAGGUUCUGCUAGUUCCAGUAAUUCCCUAACAGGCAAUAUCAUUUCCAGUCAAAGUCAGUCCAAGUACCAGUUUGAGAAAGGUAUCAUUGUUUCACAGAGUGGGAACUGUCGAGUCAUGGCAUAUUCCUCCUUGAUGACCUGUCUUGUUGUGUCUCAACCUUCUCCUCAGACAACUCUCCUACCUGGAUGUGGUGUGAAGAAGAUAAGUGGGAUGAACUUCCGCAGCACUCAAUACAUCCCCAUCCAUUCUAAACAGAUCCGAGGUCUGGCAUUCAGUGACCGCCCUGACAGUGUCCUCCUUUCUGCAUCUCUGGACAACACUGUCAAAUUGACCAGCCUGAUGGCCAACACUGUGGUUCAGACUUACAACACUGGUCGUCCUGUCUGGAGCUGCUGCUGGUGUUCAGAUGACACAAACUACAUCUAUGCUGGGUUGAUAAAUGGUUCCAUUUUGAUAUAUGACAUGAGGGAUACAACAACCCACGUCCAGGAGCUUCCAUCACAGGGCUCUAGAUGUCCUGUGACUUCACUGUCCUACCUCCCACGUAUGGCUUCUGCAGCGUUUCCAUGUGGUGGUCUGGUGGCUGGCACUCUGGAAGGCGGCUGCUUCUGGGAGCAGAAAUCCACAAACACUUACAAAGCGCACUUGCUGCCCCUGGAAGCUGGAAGCUGCACAGAUAUACAGAUUGAACCCACAAUGCGACACUGUCUCGUUACUUACAGGCCAAGCAAAACCCAUAAUUCCCUACGCUGUGUUAUGAUGGAACUAUCAAGCAGUCCCUCUCCAGACUCGCUGGAGAACCUGAUUUGUACAUGUUACCCAGUCCAGACAUUCAAUGCGGGCCCUACAUGUAAGCUGCUUACUAAAAAUGCCAUUUUUGCAAGUCCUGAUAAGGACGGCAGUGUCUUAGUGUGUGCUGGGGACGAGGCAUCCAACAGUGCUAUGGUGUGGAAUGCAGGGAACGGAUCACUCAUCCAGAAGCUUCAGGCUGACCAGCCUGUCCUAGACAUCUGUCCCUUUGAAGUGAAUCACAUGAAUUUCUUGGGGACUCUGACAGAAAAAAUGGUUAAGAUCUACAAGUGGGCCUGAUGGGACUCGUGCUUCCUGUCAUAGAUUUAAGACUGGAAAUGGGUGGCCCAAUUCUGGUGCUGCUAUUAUAAGUUAACUACUGUACAGGAUCUGGCUAGAAAAUGAAACACUUUCUGUUUUAAACAAGCCAAGUUAUCCCCCAUUCGGGCUUGAUUUACGUGGCUGACCUACCUGAGUUGUCUCCUGGUAAUCCACCAACUUCCCCUACUUUUGUAAACUUUGGCCUUUAUUUAAAUGUAAUUAUUUACAAAGGUUUGCUCAUUUCUGUUGAAUGCUUACUGUUCUCAUAUUUGUGACAUUUCCAGGGAGACUGUCUUCAAAUAAAAUCCUGUGCCCGGGUAUUUUGUGGCCAUUUUUCCUCUUAUAGAUUUCCACCUGGCAUAUGCCCCUUUUUUUUAUAUAGCUUAUCUGUUGACAAUUACUGGAAAUCACUAAGUGAUUUGCAGUGACUCCUCUCCCCACGUGUAUAUUCUUUUCCUCCUCCCUCUGUUUGGGAAUAGGGAGAGGUGACCUUCUCAUCUCCCCUUUACUAAUUCUUGUGAUAAGUUAAGCAAGCUCAGAAUACCAGCAAUGAUUCAUUGGGCCUUUGUGUUAUUAUUGCUGUGGGCUGGCCCAUUGCACUGCCACUGAAGGCCACCUUUUGUUUUGAAUCCCCCUGUAUGUGUCUGUUUGAUAAUGGAAUAGAGAGUUCCAGCCAGUGAAACACAACAGAUUUGCAGAAGAGUAUUGAGGUCGUAGGCAGUGUACUGUGUAUUGCCUUAACCCCUCUUUUUUUUUACGGGAUUGCUUGAUUUUGGGUUCAUUCCCAUUGGUCGUGAGAUCCACAUAAACAAACACUUUCCUUGCUUUGCAAUAUUGAAAUGAACAUGACAUUGAAUAAUUCUGUGGUUGAUGGAGGGGCCAAUGACUGAGUUUGUACAUCCAAAAAGGUUGAGACUUGAGGGCUGAAACCUGCUGGUCUAAUUUAUUGCAGAAAACAUUGUCCAGUGGGUUACUGGUGAGAGUUUUUGUAAGAUAUUGCCUGGAAUUGUGACUGUCUACCUGAAUGGAAAAUAUAUGUGCUACUUGUGUGCAGUUCAAACUUUCAUAAUGUACAGAAGUAAUUUUAUUACUAUUACUUUGAAAUAAAAAAAGUCUUAUUAUUUU